AGUUUGAGACAGAUGGAGCAGUUUGCUCAUUAGUGGAACCAAAGUGCCUUCUGACAGCUGCAGAAGGCUCACCCACAGUUACACAAGUCAUUUGAUUGUUAUAAUUGCAGAAAAGGUUGAACAACUAAAUGUUAAAGGUAGUGUCAUUUUUCUCCAUGCUCGACCCAUUAGUUUGUUUUAAAAAGGUUCUGCAGAACAACAAUUUAAAAGAAUGUCUGUUUUUGUUAGUUAGUAAAUUGUUUAUUUACUAAUAGUUUUUUCAAUUGCACAUUUUCUGAGAUCAUUAUAAGGUUUUUCUUUUGUUUAAGGAGGCAAACUAACAAUGUUGUUGACAAUUGUUUUUUGCUUUUUCCCACCCAAAAAACUUUUAAUCAUUUAUGAAAAGAAGAAGUUCCACAGGUUGAUAAGUCACAUGACUCAUAUGUCUGCUGUUAAAACACCAUGAUAUAGUUUUACUCUUAAAGAAGGUCAAAGACAAAUGGAAUAUUGGAAGAAACUGAAAUAUUCACAGUAAAUGGACAGUAAUAUAAAAAACUGGCACAAAGUAAAAAAUAUGUGUUGAAGAAUUAAUCACUUAAAAGUUUUGCUUUUUACUUUUUUCCCCUUAUAUUUUAGUUUUCCCACCAAAAAAAAAAAAAAAAAAACUCAAACGCUUGUUUCCGCCCUCUAAUCAAUAGUGUUGGUAAUGACACACUGGAAGCAGCCAGGGUCAUCCAGAACCUCCUCCACAGCGGGGCAGCAGGAAGCACUGGCCCACAGGCUCUGACAACAGCCAAGACAGAAGAUGGAGAACAGGGAUGCUCGCCUUCUCGCUGGGGUGCUGUUUCUGGCUGCAUGGUUUCACCUGGAGGCUGCAGCAGACAUGCUAAAAGUGGAUGUUGCCCAGGAUGGAGGAAGCAGUGGUGACACCAUCAGCCACUCCCUGACUCUGGUGCAGCGUCUGGAAGCUCUCCUGGUUCAGGGCAAUGGAAGCGACGUGUCUCUGCGGGUGGAGACGCCCAAAGCAGACGAGGUGAAGGUGUUCCAGGCUCACUCUCUAGUGCUCUCCCUGCAGAGCCCUGUGUUUGAAGAGAUGCUGCUGAGCCGCAACAGCAGCACGCUGGUGCUGAGGGAAAGCUCUGACUGUGCUGCCGUGUUUGACAAGUUUAUCAGAUAUCUGUACUGUGGAGAGAUUUCUUUGCAUCCAGACCAGGCCACCUCCCUGCACAAACUUGCAACUAAAUACCAGGUGUUCAGUCUCCAACAGGGAGUGACCCACUACAUGACCCAGAAUCUGGCCAGACACUCCCGGACGGGUCAUGUAGCGAGCUGGUAUGAGUAUGCCUUGAAAGCAGAAGAUGUGAUGCUGAGGGACAGCUGUCUGCAGUACUUGGCCUGGAAUCUGUCAUCUGUGCUGCAGAGUGGUGAGUGGGUGACCAUCAGCAGCCAGCUGCUCAUGACCCUUCUGCAGCGCUCAGACCUCAUCCUGCAGAGUGAGAUGGAGCUCUUCGCAGGGCUGGAAGCCUGGAUUAUCCAGAACGAGCCGGAUGGUCUGACGGCCGAAAAUGCUUUGAGGGCUGUGCGUUACGCUAUGAUACCACCAAGAGAGCUCUUCCGGCUGCAGACCCAGUCCACAGUUCUGGCUCGCUAUCAGGAGUCGGUGCGAGACCUUCUCUACAUGUCUUACCAGUUUCAUUCAGCUUCACCUCUGCAAAUGGCCAAAUUCUUUGAUGUGAACUGCAGCCUCUUCGUACCCAGGAACUACCUCUCUCCUGUGUGGGGGGCACCCUGGAUCAUCAACAACCCCACACGAGAUGACCGCAGCACCAGCUUCCAGACCCAGCUGGGACCCAGCAGCCAUGAUGCAAACAAGCGGGUGACGUGGAACGCCUUGUUCUCGCCCCGCUGGCUACCCCUCAGCAUGAGGUCGAUGUACUCAGAAACGGGCGCUAUGCAGCCAACGCGGGUGGAAGGGGGCCGUCCUCGCAUCAUCAUCACUCCAGCCACGUCCAGUGCUGACUUUGCUGGAGUGAACUUUCAAAAGACGGUGCUUGUAAUGGCUCAGCAGCAGGCAAGGCUGGUGGUGAAGCAUGUGUACAAUUUCCACCAAAGCACAGAAGAAAAUGGAGACUUCUUGGCUGAAGCCGACCUGUACCGCCGGACAUCCGAGUAUCUCAUCGACAGCUCCCUCCUCCUCCACAUUGUGGUGAAACCAAUGUACCAAACCCUCAUAACCACAAAGAAGUGACCAUGCCAGACUCCCCGCUCAGAGAUAGACCGCUCAGUCCUGUUCCAGGAUCUGAACUCGUUUAGUGGCAUGAAGCUCCUGUUUUGAUGGUGAACAACCAGAUCAUAGUUGAUGUGCUAUGAAGGGAACUGUGAAGACAUUUGUUUAAAAAAAGGUUUUAAAACAAAACAAUUACUUACCACUUUAUGGAGAAACAUGGAGGGGUGUUUUAUUGGAACAAAAAGAAAAUUCUUCAUCUUGUCUUUGUUUUCCUCUCAUUAAUUACCUCGUAUUUAAAUAUUCUUAAUUCAGCUGUUUUAUAAACAGUACAGAUUUUUUGAUUGAAUCAAAAUAAAUUAGUGAAUCUUUAUAAACAAUGUAAGACAACUGAAUUUUCUCCAGGAAAUAUUGUCGGUGAGAAAAGCCAAGAACAUCUUCAGAUGAAGGUUUGUUCCUACCAUGAUGUCUGUCUUUUCUGAAUACUGGUGCUAUUGACAAACGUCUUUAACAUGAAGGUUCACAUGUACUGUUCCAGUGAGGGAUGGUGGUUGCUUAAACAGGGCAACACAUUAGUCAUCAUUAAACUCUCAUCACCAGCAGUUCUUUUUUUUUUUUUUACAUUUUUACAUGAGUCUUUAAAUUCUGUGUCAUAAAAA